GUUAACUUGAACGAGUCUCUCUAUGACCGAACACAUUUGCAAAUAUCUGACGCAAAUUCGAAAAUGAGGCAGGAACGUUGCAAGUGAUUUCUACCAGAGGAAAGCCCCGAGGUACGAAGAUCCCCCUGCAGAAUGAAAUAAAAUAGAAAAUGUCAGAACUUGAGGAAAGUCUGGCAGCGCCGGAUAGUACAACGAGAGAACAGCGUCUGGGUUUCUCUCAUGGAGACGACGUAUUGCUCCAGCAUAAGGAUGGAAAAUAUUACUUGGGCACUGUCGUGGAGGUGGAUUUGGCUAGAGAGAGAUGUCUUGUCAAAUUUAUGGACAAUACAUCCUCUUGGUCGUCGGUUAAAGAGCUGACAAAAUUAGCUAUGCCAGAUUCAGAUGUUAUGUGCGUUCUCUGUAAGAAAUCCGAGCCUAAGACCGAUAAUGACAUCGUUGUGUGUGAUAAAUGUGGACGUGGCUACCAUCAACUUUGUCAUCAGCCUCAAGUAUCAAAGGAAGAAACAAGAAGCGAUACGAAUUGGAUGUGUAAACGAUGUAUGGAUAAUCAGACGAGAAAUCGUGAAUCUGGAGAGAUUAAGAAAUGUAUGGUUAAAGUAAAUAUUAGGAAAGUUUGUAGCGGUAGAGAUCAACCUCAACCACCUCCGGAUGAUAUGACAAAAUUACCAUAUGACCCUGAUAUGUUGAGUUGGGACGUACACCAUCGAGUGAAUGCAGAACAAAUUUAUUGUUAUUGUGGUCUAAAUGGAGAAUGGUACACGCAAAUGUUGCAGUGUGCUCGUUGUAAACAAUGGUUCCAUGAAAAGUGUGUUAGUUGCUUAAGGUAUCCUCUCUACAGUGGAGAUAGAUUCUAUGUUUUUGUUUGUUCGACGUGCAAUUAUGGGAAAGAAUUCGUACGACGUUUGGAAUUGAAAUGGGUCGAUUUAGUGCACCUGAUGUUGUACAAUCUGACUGUUUACAAUGCAAAAAAGUAUUAUGAUUUAGAUACGGUUAUUAUACCUUAUGCCAAUGACAAUUGGAAUUCUUUGCAACUUCCACCACGUAUUCGAGAUGUCAGCGUUCAAGUACGACGAGAAUCAAUACUAGCUAUAUUAACAAAUAAUAGGAAUAGAUUCAAGUGCGGAAGAGAAAUUAAAAAACGUACCACAAUAUGGGGUCUUAGAGUUAGAUUACCACCGCCAUGUCCUAUCGUUAAUCUUCCAGCGUCUGGAAUAAUAGAUGAUUCAGUGUUACGUAGAUGCUGGGGUGCUAAUAAAAGACUACAAUAUUUAUCUCCGUCAGCAGGAUGUAUGCCAGAAAGUACAAAACAGUUAAGCGUACUGAAGGAAAGUUCACCAGAAAAUUUGGAGAUACCUGUUAAUCCGUCAGACGUGGUCAUGAGAGGAACAAUUUAUCAAAAUUCUGAAGCAGAACAGAGUUCGUGUCCAAGUCCAAGUCCUCCUUCUCAAUCCACGCAGUCUUUGAGAGAACGAUACAGUGGAGGUGGUUUUGUGAAAAAAACUUUCCCAUUUCCAAAGUUAAGUUUACAAAGAAGAAGAAGAUUAAUGGUAUUGGGUAGUUCUCGAGAAAGGAUGUUACGUAAACAUAAAAAAAGGGAGAAAGGUUGUGGAGAUGGUUCAUUAGGAAAAUCGCAAGGUGUUAGGGAGGCCAGAUAUAGAAAAGCUAGGAAGCUAUUAAAAAAUGCCAUUGCUAAGAGCAAAUCUAGAAAUUCGGAACAAUCGGAUUUACCACCAACACCGCCGACUUCUGUAUCUGGUCCGCCAACACCACCGGCUACCACUUCGGGUAUGUCGGAAUUAUCUGUACCCAGUUCAAUGGAAUUAAUGCACCCUCUGCCACCAUCGACACCAGCAGAUACAAGUGGCGAUGAAACAAGUUCAAGAGGAACAUUAGAUUCUUUCAUUCCACCACCAAAAGAUUUUGAAGGGAAAAACAAUCCCUUUCGAAAUCUCAGCGAUUUAUUGGGUACACCUUGCAGUCUUAAUCAGGCAAGCUCCAGUACACCUUUACCUUAUAAUCAAUGUCCCAUUACAUUGCCUCUUCCAUUGACACCCGUGAUAGCACAACCACCAGUAGUACGUCCAACAAAACGUCAAUUAUCAGAAAAAGACAUUAUCAUAGACAGAAAUGGACAAGUGAAACGAAAAAGACAACAUCGACGUGGUAGACCAUCUCAACAGCAACAACAACUUCAACAACAAUUUCAACAUACAGCUAGUAAAACCGCUACAAUUUUGCCAGCACGAUAUAACGAAGUUAAAAAUGAAUUUGUGAGAAAUUUAAGGAGUUCGUUCAAUGGUGCUUCAAGCAGUGCCAGUAGUCAAAUUGGAAAUUGUGUAGAUUAUGCCUUAAAUGGAAGAAGAUUACGACAACGACAAAGCAGUGAAAAAUUACCACCACCGGAUCCACAGCCACAAAAGAAGUGUAAUACAUCCUCCUCUCCUAAAUGUUCACCCAUGAAGCAAAGUACUCCUGACAUAUCUUUGGAUGAUCUUAAGUCAUCGGUGAAUAUUUACUUCGGAGCUGCCAACAGGAUAGCAGCAGGUGAGAAGUUUGUGAUCAAGGCGAAAAGGGUAGGACCUAAUGGUCAAACGCAGUAUCUCAUAGAAUGGGAAAGUCUUAACACUUAACGGUAAAAAUGUCAUUUACAUCAUGGUCAGGUAAUAAUGCUCGACCAAAUAAUAUUGAGUAGAGAACAACUGUUAUCUGACAAUCUGGAUACUUAGGAUGAGAAUAUCGUAACGAAUCGAUUUGUGUUACUCACUGCCAUUCGUUAAAUACAUUUAUCUAUAAUGAGUAUGUCUAUUAAUUGGUUCAUGAUGUUUGAUUGUUCUUAUAAGUAUAUAUUAUUAGAGUUUAGAUUUUUUAAGCAUACAAUAUAGAUUAAUGAAACUUAUCAUUUAGAAAGUUUACAGUUACUACAAUUGUCAAAAAGAAGAAAAAAAAAGAAAAGAAAAGAAACCAUCAUUGCUGGUCAAUGAAUUGAAGUUUUCUAGAAAUUUGAAAGUUGGGCCUAUCAUCUCUCUUGAUUUUCUUUUGCACAGCACUGAAAUAAUAAUAUUUGAUUCCACAAUAAAAUUAUACCGUCCAAAUUUAUUAUCCAAGCAAAUGUUAGGUCAUUAAAGUUGAAUAAAAACGUUUAAAAGAUUAUUACAUAAAAAUAAAUUGGAAGAUAUACCAAGAACUUAUAAGAAGAAUCAAAUAUGCAUAUACCAGUUAUAUCUUGUAAAUAAUGUAGUAUAGUAGUCUAACAUUAAAAAAUCAAUAAACGUGGGUCAUGUGAAAAGCAAAUGAAGUCACGUAGGCUCUGUCUUUUUUGGAGAGCAAAUUGAUUGUCUCUCAUCAAAAUUAUAGGGCAAAAACCAUAGUUAUGAUAAAGAUAAUCGUGAAUCGAUGCAGAUGGUUGUUCCUGUCAUUUGAGCUAUCGUAAUAGUACAUGUUAGUAGUGUGUAGUACAGAGUAAGAUGAAGCAGACAUACUGCGAAAGAUUAUUUUUUAAUACAAUCAUAAGACAUACGAUCUUCAAUUUCUGCAACUUUACCAUCUUUUAAGUCAUUGAUUCAUACAAAAUACACGAACACGAAAAGUCUAACAAAUUAUAUUGGUAUUUUACAAUAGUAAUAAUAUUACGAUAAAAUGAAUUUAUUUUUAUUACGCCGAACCUUCGAGACCGUAUUUGGAUAGUUUAAUUACGAUCAUAUAAAUGUCCAUUUCUAAUGAGAUAGAACUUAUAAUGACUUAAGAUGCUGAAGAUGCAGAAUAAAUUAUUGCUCCCUAUUAUGCAAAACUAAAAAAGAAAGCACAUGCUUGUUUCAUACCACGUGUAAGUAAAAGAACAAUUACAAUUAAUCUCCUCCUAGAUGUUCGAACAACCUAUUCUGCGGAAGUAUAAUAGACAAUUGACUAAUUUAUCUUCGUUGACUUUUCACACGAUAUAAAAUAAAACCGUAUAUAAGAUUCUUUAAGGUGCCGGAUGUUUCAUAAUUUGAUAUGUUUUAGAAUCCGUAUUGCACGGUGUCUGUGAUCUGAGCAAUGCUAAUCGGAUAAAGUAUCCGAUGAAAGCCAAUCAUAAAUAUUGGUAAUGACUUAAUUAUUAUGAGAUUAUAUCCUAAUUUAAAGAAAAAGGGUCACAUAUUUAACGUACAAUUUUGCAAGACAUCAUCAAUCGCUCAUACAAAUUUUAUGUAAGAAAAUUUUCACAAAUUUGGACUAUGUAUUUAUCUAAUCGCAGAUUUUUGUUUUUUAAUUUAAUUUAAUUUUUAUUAUAAAUAUGAUAUUUCUCAUAUUUAUGCAAGCAUUCCUAUUUUAUUAUGAUACGUAAUGUGGUAAAUAAUCUACAUAAAAAAAUAUUUAAACAAGUUGCAGUAGGGAUUUAUACUGUGAUGGAAUAUAUAAUUAAAACAGCCGAUAUGAAAAGAACAAGAAAACAAACAAACAAACGAACAAUUUAUUAACAAUAGUAUCAGAUUCUACAGAUACCAUCUUCGUCGUCAUCUUAAAAGCGAUUAACUUUAGACUGGUUUUACAACUUUACAAAAAGUUAUAUUAGACAUUGAAAGAAUCUUCAUACGCAAAUGUUUGCGAACGAUUUAUUAUCUCAAUCGCUUACAUCUAAAGAUUUCUUUUUACAUCUAAAUGUUUUCUUAAUGCGAUUGUGAAUUUAUUGUAUAGCAUUGGGAUUGCAAUUUUCUUUGCACUUUGGCCUACAUAGAGAGGCUCAUAAUUGUAUUAACAGAAAUGAUAUUGUUUAUUUCAAUAUGUCAGUGGUAUAUUUUUGAUCUGAUUUGAUUUGUCGAUUUUUCAAAAUUAUACCCUUCCCCCCACCCCCCACCCCCCACAAAUCCUUUUAUCAAUUUAUUAUACAAACCAAUGAAUUUCAACUAAAAUUAUCACUGACGUAUCGAAAUCUACAAGUAUUUUCUUUUUUUUUUUUCUUCUUUCCUUUUUUUUUCUUUUUUUAUUAGGAAAUGAUUUAAGU